AACUUUAGAAGUAUCUAUUUAGCAGGUUAUUUUUUGGCAGUUGUUACUUAGCAGGCUUCUGUAACAGGCCUAAAACAACAACCAACGAACAAGCAAAGCGAGCAACAUGAACUGGCCGGAUAUCUCUCCAAAUAAUGCGACGCCGAGCAACGGGCUGGCGCCCUCCAACGGCGAGCCCCCCGCCAAACGACCACGCCUGGAACGAGAACAAACCGACAGAGAAGAUGCGCUGAAUAGGUGCCCGACGAAGCAGGUUUUCCCUCGUAUUUUCAAGUGUCUUGAUACUCUCCGAGAGCAUGGAGACAAAACUCCUCAGCUUGGCCGAGAAAAUUCUCAGAACACCUCGCUCGAGACGUCCAUACCGAAGCAGUUUGCGAGGAUCUCCCCCGGUCCUAUACAUUCAUCAUCCUCAAUUUCUCGGCCCAGAAUACCUCCGAAUAUUCUCCCAAACAUCGAAAAGCCAGACCAAGUACGAAACCCAGCGAAGGCGAGCGUGAGACAGGCUGCCCUGAUUCCGACGUCUCGCAUCCCUCCUCCGCGUAUUCCUCACCUCCCACCGGCGAGGGUGCAGGCGACCGGUCGCUCAAUAGAGGAGGCCAUUGUUAUUGAUGAUGAUUCGGGCGACGAAGCUGGGCCGGCUCCGCAGAAAUCUGCCGCGCCGUCUUUGACUCAAAGGAGGGUAUUUGCGCCAGUCUGGCGUCAUGCUGCCAGCGUGCCACCCAUCCAGUUAACGCAGCGGCGGCCCUACCUUUACUUCAAAGACCGGGCAUUUGCUGUCAGUUAUGCCCACAGCUAUUUUGACGAUUUACUUUCGAGCCCAACUGAUCCGGUCAUAUUGCAUGUGGACCUCACCGCAUCAGAAAUCCAAUCGCUGAACGACCUUGCUUCUAGAGUCUUUCCUGCCGAAUUCAAAAAGAAAAAAAGGGACGGCCAUUCUCAUCUAGCAAAGCUCUUGAAGAAUAAAAAACUUCCGGAUGCUUUGUCGAGCGUUCUAGGCGCAUGGGAAGCUGACCCUAAUCGAAGGAUGCUGUUUCCAGGCAGGGAAAAGGAGGAUCUCGAAAACUUUCUAAAGGAUCUCAAAAACAGACAACUCAACGACCGCCCUGCGUCGAUCAUCCUGCGCAAGGACGAGGCUAAUCGACAAGGGAAGUUUUUGCGGGAAAGCAAGAUUUCGUCCCUGCUAUUUGCCAGGGAAAUCAUGGGGUCUCGUGGUUAUGGGUCAAUGAGAAGGCCACAGAACUUGGACAACGAAAUUCGAAAAUGCCGCGAAGAUGAGCUGGCUCUUCGAGCCGAGUGGGCAGGCGGUGCCGGGGAUAUCAUCACGAUUGUCUGGAUAUCAGAUGAUGGCUUCAUCUGUGGGACAACCGAACACUCUGACUCCCACAACCAGCAGUACAACAAACCCGGCAACUUGGUCCUGGGCUCUUGUAGCUUGAAGACUAUCAGAGCCUAUCCCGACCAUCGAAUUGUCCGGCCGAUCGUUGAGAGGGGCGAGAAUUCAACAGAUGCUAUGAGACGGAGCCAAGAUCCUUGGCUCUACUCUUCCGUGGUGUCUUCUGCAUACGACGCCAUUCAUGACAGGGCUUACACUUCUGGUUUUGAUUGUUGUGUGAAAGUCUGGAGGGCGGAACCAUCAGGCGCUUCGAUGAGUCUGUUAGGGGAGUGGAAGCAUGAAGGCAACGUGAAUUUUGUCAUUGCCUCCAAGCACAGCUCCGGCAUGGUGGCGACUGCUGCGGAUGUUGCUGCGGGUGCAGUGAGAGUGUACAAGAUCAACGAGGAGGAUAUCUCUGGAAGCCCUUUUGGUAGGCUUUAUUGCUCCCGCGUUACGGACGAGAGAGGAAACUUAGUACCGACGGAAAAAUGGGCAUACUAUCCGGCAACUAUGCAAUGGGGUAUUUGCGAGGAGGUUCAGCAUUUGCUCCUGGUUGGGUAUUCUCCGCGUAGUCGAACCGGAGAUGACCUCGACAUCCCCGAGGACCGGAAAAACUCGGGCGAGCUUUGUUUGUGGGAUGGCCUUACGGGCAAAAGGCUCAACAUCUUAUCAGCGGAGAAGUCCAACAUCUUUGAGGUGCUAUGGCAUCCAAGCCAAGCAUCUUUCAUUGCAGCCACGUCGCCCUCGGGCUUGGAUCUGGAGCCCAAGACGAAGACACAAAUUCGAAUUUUUCGGCCCACCGAUCCCGCUGAAGAUGGGACCGCCCAAUUCUCAGCUAUCAAGGUGCUGGACUGCCCGGCUCUGGAUAUCAAUGAGCUGACGAUUAUGCCAAAUAGCCCAGCCUAUUGUUACGUCACCGCUGGGUGCACCAACGGCAAGGUGUACGUUUGGGAUACUGCUCCCGGCCGUGGUCUCGUUCACUUACUAGAGCAUGGCCAGCCAAUCGAUGAGUGUGAGGGUGAUCGGGAGAAAUACGAUGUGGGCGUGAAGUUCACGGCUUGGGGCACUUCACCUGACCGCUUCUACACCGGCUCGUCGGAUGGUGUGGUCAAAGUGUGGGACAUAAGGUCUUUCGAUAAACCACUUGUGAGAUUACUGCUUGAAGCACCAGCGCCUAUAGCUUGCGGCGUAUUUUCUCCAGACAAGUCAAGACUGGUCGUUGGCGACGCAAGUGGUCGAGUGUUUGUCCUAUCAGUCUACGAGGAGGACGAUAACCCGAAACCGAAAGACAAAAUCAAACUGCCCAACGGCAUGAUGCGGGAAGUUGAACGCCCGCAUCAAAUAAUUCCUCACCCAGAGCCCGAGCCCCCGGCUCAGGAUGCCGAAGGUCGGGCGCUCCCGCCGCCCGAGGUUGAGACGCCCUGGGCAAUCGCCAGGGCUUAUCUGGCGUCGGGACAGCUAAUUAUGCACCCUAAGCGUACUAUUGGGGCGGUGCAAGGCCCAAACUACUCGUCCACGGGGUUGUUCUGCGCUGAGGCACAUUUGAAUGGCGACCCCAACGCGCCGUUGUUGGGACAAUGGCUCUGCAAUCAACAAGAAGAGAAGGCGACAUCCCGUGGGAGCUCAUCUAGGAUACACCACCUGUCCCUGAAGCCGAUCAGGGAGCAGCCGGGGCUUGGAGAGGUGCAUCUUCGGAAUAUGAGCAGGGAUGUUCUUAACUUGAACUCUUUGCCUGAGCAUACCAAGCGGGAGUUGGAGCGGGAGGUGGAUUUUGAGUUGCUGGGAGAGUACACCUUGCCGUAUGAGGAGCUGCCUAAGAUGGAAGAGGGAGAUGGGGAUGAAGAUGAAGACGAGGAUAUGGACGAGCUUUAGAUUUAGAUUUAGACGGGACGGUUCUGUUUUUGGGGGCAUUUGCAUUUGUUGUUAAUUUUGGGAGCAAGCAAGCAUUUGGUUAUUAUGGAGUGAGAAGGGACGGGAGUCAAGAAGAUGGUGUAGCAGGGAUGGGUAUAAUUGUGUAGAGAAGUUGGGGUAAAUGUAUGCAAUGCAAUAUUAAAUACUUAUUGAUACA